UCCUAGGGGGUGGGGGUGGGGACAAAGGUCGCUCUUCUGCAGCCAGCUUGCCACAAUUCCCUGAGAUCUCCCAGGUGGCAGCUGCCUCCCCAAGACAGGCUCACUCACCAUGACCAAGCUGAGCGCCCAAGUCAAAGGCUCUCUCAACAUCACCACCCCGGGGCUGCAGAUAUGGAGGAUCGAGGCCAUGCAGAUGGUGCCUGUUCCUUCCAGCACCUUUGGGAGCUUCUUCGAUGGUGACUGCUACAUCAUCCUGGCUAUCCACAAGACAGCCAGCAACCUGUCCUAUGACAUCCACUACUGGAUUGGCCAGGACUCAUCCCUGGAUGAGCAGGGGGCAGCUGCCAUCUACACCACACAAAUGGAUGACUUCCUGAAGGGCCGGGCUGUGCAGCACCGCGAGGUCCAGGGCAACGAGAGCGAGGCCUUCCGAGGCUACUUCAAGCAAGGCCUUGUGAUCCGGAAAGGAGGCGUGGCUUCUGGCAUGAAUCACGUGGAGACCAACUCCUAUGAUGUCCGGAGGCUGCUGCAUGUCAAGGGCAAGAGGAACGUGGUAGCUGGAGAGGUAGAGAUGUCCUGGAAGAGUUUCAACCGAGGGGAUGUUUUCCUCCUGGACCUCGGGAAGCUUAUCAUCCAGUGGAAUGGACCUGAAAGUAACCGCAUGGAGAGACUCAGGGGCAUGACUCUGGCCAAAGAGAUCCGAGACCAGGAGCGGGGAGGGCGCACCUAUGUAGGCGUGGUGGACGGAGAGAAUGAAUCGGCAUCCCCGAAGCUGAUGGAGGUGAUGAACCAUGUGCUGGGCAAGCGCGGGGAGCUGAAGGCAGCUGUGCCCGACACAGUGGUGGAGCCGGCACUCAAGGCUGCACUCAAACUGUACCAUGUGUCUGACGCUGAGGGGAAUCUGGUGGUGAGGGAAGUCGCCACACGGCCACUGACGCAGGACCUGCUCAGUCACGAUGACUGUUACAUCCUGGACCAGGGGGGCCUGAAGAUCUACGUAUGGAAGGGGAAGAAAGCCAAUGAGCAAGAGAAGAAGGGAGCCAUGAGCCAUGCGCUGAACUUCAUCAAAGCCAAGCAGUACCCACCAAGCACACAGGUGGAGGUGCAGAAUGAUGGGGCUGAGUCGGCCGUCUUUCAGCAGCUAUUCCAGAAGUGGACAGCAUCCAAUCGGACUUCAGGCCUGGGCAAAACCCACACUGUGGGCUCCGUGGCCAAAGUGGAACAGGUGAAGUUUGAUGCCACAUCCAUGCAUGUCAAGCCUCAGGUGGCUGCCCAGCAGAAGAUGGUAGAUGAUGGGAGUGGGGAAGUGCAGGUGUGGCGCAUUGAGAACCUAGAGCUGGUACCUGUGGAUUCCAAGUGGCUAGGCCACUUCUAUGGGGGUGACUGCUACCUGCUGCUCUACACCUACCUCAUCGGAAACAAGCAGCACUACCUGCUCUACAUCUGGCAGGGCAGCCAGGCCAGCCAAGAUGAAAUUACAGCAUCAGCUUAUCAAGCCGUCAUCCUGGACCAGAAGUACAAUGGUGAACCAGUCCAGAUCCGGGUCCCAAUGGGCAAGGAGCCGCCUCAUCUUAUGUCCAUCUUCAAGGGACGCAUGGUGGUAUACCAGGGAGGCACCUCCCGAGCUAACAACUUGGAGCCUGCGCCCUCCACACGACUGUUCCAGGUCCAGGGAACGGGCGCCAACAACACAAAGGCCUUUGAGGUCCCAGCGCGGGCCAAUUUCCUCAAUUCCAAUGAUGUCUUUGUCCUCAAGACCCAGUCCUGCUGCUACCUAUGGUGUGGGAAGGGCUGUAGCGGAGACGAGCGGGAGAUGGCCAAGAUGGUUGCUGACACCAUCUCCCGGACGGAGAAGCAAGUGGUGGUGGAAGGGCAGGAGCCAGCCAACUUCUGGAUGGCCCUGGGCGGGAAGGCCCCCUAUGCCAACACCAAGAGACUACAGGAAGAAAACCUGGUCAUCACCCCCCGGCUCUUUGAAUGUUCCAACCAGACUGGGCGCUUCCUGGCCACAGAGAUCCCUGACUUCAAUCAGGAUGACUUGGAAGAGGAUGACGUGUUCCUACUAGAUGUCUGGGACCAGGUCUUCUUCUGGAUUGGGAAACAUGCCAAUGAGGAGGAGAAGAAGGCUGCAGCCAUCACCGCGCAGGAAUACCUCAAGACCCAUCCCAGCGGGCGUGACCCCGAGACCCCCAUCAUUGUGGUGAAGCAGGGAUACGAGCCCCCCACCUUCACAGGCUGGUUCCUGGCUUGGGAUCCCUUUAAGUGGAGUAACGCCAAAUCCUAUGAGGACUUGAAGGUGGAGCUUGGCAACUCUAGGGACUGGAGCCAGAUCACUGCUUUCACAGGCUUACAGAGGGAACAAGACAGAGCUAACUCUGAGGAAUGUGUCCAGAAUUCAAGAGAGGUCACAAGCUCGAAAGUGGACGUGUUCAAUGCUAACAGCAACCUCAGUUCUGGGCCUCGGCCCAUCUUCCCCCUGGAGCAGCUAGUGAACAAGCCUGUAGAGGAGCUCCCCGAGGGUGUGGAUCCCAGCAGGAAGGAGGAGCACCUGUCCAUUGAAGAUUUCACUCAGGCCUUUGGGAUGACUCCAGCUGCCUUCUCCGCUCUGCCUCGAUGGAAGCAACAAAACCUGAAGAAAGAAAAAGGACUAUUUUGAGAAGAGGAGCUGUGGUUGUAAAGCAGUACCCUACCCUGAUUGUGGGGUCUCAUUUUCUCACCGAUAUUAGUCCUACACCAAUUGAAGUGAAAAUUUGCAGUUAAAGUUUGUGCCUAUGAGCACAAACUUCUGUGGCAAAUGCCACUUUUGUUUAAUAAUGUACCUAUUCCUUCAGAAAGAUGAUUCCCCAAAAGGAGCCUAUGGUCCUCAUUUCAACUUCUAAGAAGGUCGCUAGAUUGUUUCUAUCCUGAGGUAUUGCAUCAUUUUUAAUACUCCUGUUCUAGAGUCUUCUCUUCUUAGAAGAGCACAAACGCUCCAUGGAACAUUAGAGUUCUGAGGCACUACCCUACCUAGCUUGUCCUCUAUCAUGACUCAUUUUUAUCUAUGGCAGGUAGGCUGAAGCAUUUUGCAGAUUUACGUCUUCCCCAGAGUAACAGCUUUUCCUUUUCACAUUUACUUUCCUUACUGCCUUACUCAGUGGGUAAGUUAAAGGGUUGAAGGAGAGUUGAAUGGUCCACAAGACUACCCUCUAGGAGGUUUCACAAAUACCAAACAGUACUGUGAGAGCAGCACAUCCACUGGGGCUAGGCUUGAGACCUAAAGGCAAGUAAGAAAUGCAUAUGCUAUUUCACUUCUUCUCCCAACCCUUAAUAAUAAGGCAAAGGAAGAGCUUAGUGAAGGCCAAUGCUAGGUUUACAAACUUACCCAGAAGCCUCCGCAAAGCUUCACAGGCUCCUCAGAUGAAAAUAACAAUAAUCAAUGGGGACUACGGCCAAACACUGGUUUGCCAUUCUGUUCCUUUUAAGAAGUAACAACGCUGCAAGGAAGUCCAUGUCAGAAAGUCAACAGAAGGUGAUUUCCACAACUUUGAAUAGGUUGUUAUAAGUAUCAGCAAGAAUGUGUCCUUUUCAGAAAUAACAGUCAAAUCAACAGAAGGUUAAUAAAGGCUUUAAUUUCAUACAC